AGUCUUUCAAUUAAAAUAUCAAAUUACAAAAACAAAAACACAAUUAUUUUUCCUAGGUAUUUUCUUGUAAUUAUGGCUUUGGUUCUUGAAUGGAAAACACAAUUUAUCCUUCUCUUUGUGAUUGUUGGGAUGUAUGCAUCUCAAAUCACUUGUAGAAACAUUCAAGAAUCAUCCUCCAUGUUGAAAAAACAUGAGUCGUGGAUGACGCGUCAUGGAAGAACUUACAAAAAUGAUACAGAAAAGGCGAAAAGAUUGAAUAUUUUCAGAAAGAAUGUGAAAUUUAUCGAGUCUUUCAACAAUAAUGGUACUAAAUCAUACAAAUUAGGCAUCAAUAAAUUUGCUGAUCUUACUUCUGAGGAAUUCUUGAGGUAUUAUACCACUAAUCAUGGACUUAAUAAUAAGUUUUCUUCUAUAAAAUCUCAACAAUUAUCUCCAACAACAAUUUCAUCAUUCAAGUAUGAAAAUAUGAGUGAUGUUCCAUCUGACAUGGAUUGGAGAAAAAGUGGUGUUGUCACUAGCAUCAAAGAUCAAGGUCAAUGUGGAUGUUGUUGGGCAUUUUCCGCGGUUGGGGCCUUAGAAGGAGCAAACAAACUCUCAACGGGCAAGUUAACUCCACUCUCCGAACAACAACUACUCGAUUGCACAACCGAAACCUACGGUUGUAACGGCGGUUUAAUAACCACGGCCUACGACUUCAUCGUAAAAAAUGGCGGAAUCGCCUCGGAAUCCGACUACCCGUACGAGGAAUCUCAAAAUUCAUGCAAGAGCCAAGACUCGAUCGUAAAAAUGAGUCGUUACGAAAAUUUACCUCCAUCGAGUGAAUCAGCUUUACUGACCGCCGUGGCACGACAGCCUGUUGCGGUCGGUAUCGCGGUGAAUGAAGACUUUCAUUUGUACCAAAGUGGUGUUUAUGAUGGAAAUUGUGGGGAUAAACUUAAUCAUGCAGUUACUAUAAUUGGUUAUGGUACAAAUGAUGAGAAUGGUACAAAAUAUUGGCUAAUUAAGAAUUCUUGGGGGACUAGUUGGGGUGAAAAUGGUUACAUGAAAAUUGCUAGAGAUAUUGGAAUUGAAGAUGGUCUUUGUGGGAUAACUACUAUGGCUUCAUAUCCUAUUGUUUAGAAAUUUUGGUCUAAAUUAAUCGCACAUGACCUUUAGUGCUUAUUUGAUAAAUGUGGUACUAGUUUAAAUUAAAAGUCCUUGUAUUGUGUUACAUAAUUGUUGUACUAUUUUGUUUUGAAGUGAAAAGAAGUUGAAUCUUUGAGUGGUCAUUUGCACUUUUUCUA